GGAAGCUCCUAGCGGCCGGCGGCGAUGUCUAGCCGGUCUAAACGGCAGUCUCAUUGUUCCACCCGUGGGAAGCGCGAAUCCGAGUCGCGGGGUAGCUCGGGUCGCAUCAAGAAGGAGCGAGACCGCGAGCGGGAGCCCGAGGCGGCGAACUCCCUGGCCAGCCCGGUCCGCGUGAAGCGGGAAGCCGAGCCGACUGCGCGGGAGGUUCCGGCGUCCGCGCCCCCGGCGGUGAGGGUGAAGCGGGAGCGCGAGGCCGACGAGGACUCGGAGUCCGAGCGGGAGGUGCGAGCAAAGAAUGGCCGAGUGGAUUCUGAGGACCGGAGGAGUCGUCACUGCCCAUAUCUGGAUACCAUUAACAGGAGUGUGCUGGACUUCGACUUUGAGAAACUCUGCUCUAUCUCCCUCUCGCAUAUCAAUGCGUACGCCUGUCUGGUGUGUGGCAAGUACUUUCAAGGCCGGGGCCUGAAGUCUCAUGCCUACAUUCACAGCGUCCAGUUCAGCCACCACGUCUUCCUCAACCUCCACACUCUCAAGUUUUACUGCCUUCCUGACAACUAUGAGAUCAUCGACUCCUCACUGGAGGAUAUCACAUAUGUGUUGAAGCCUACUUUCACAAAGCAGCAAAUUGCAAACUUGGACAAGCAAGCCAAAUUGUCCCGGGCAUAUGAUGGUACCACUUACCUGCCAGGGAUCGUGGGACUGAACAACAUAAAAGCCAAUGACUAUGCAAAUGCAGUGUUGCAGGCUCUGUCUAAUGUUCCUCCUCUUCGGAACUACUUCCUGGAGGAAGACAAUUACAAGAACAUCAAGCGCCCUCCAGGGGAUAUUAUGUUUUUGUUGGUCCAGCGGUUUGGGGAGCUGAUGAGAAAGCUCUGGAACCCGCGGAACUUCAAGGCACAUGUUUCUCCUCAUGAGAUGCUUCAGGCUGUUGUUCUUUGCAGCAAGAAGACUUUCCAGAUCACCAAACAAGGGGAUGGAGUUGACUUCCUGUCUUGGUUUCUGAAUGCUCUGCACUCGGCUCUGGGCGGCACCAAGAAGAAGAAGAAGACUAUUGUGACUGAUGUUUUCCAGGGGUCAAUGAGAAUCUUCACUAAAAAGCUUCCUCAUCCUGAUCUGCCAGCGGAAGAGAAGGAACAGCUGCUCCAUAAUGAUGAGUACCAAGAGACGAUGGUAGAGUCCACGUUCAUGUACCUGACACUGGACCUUCCCACCGCCCCACUUUAUAAGGAUGAGAAGGAGCAGCUCAUUAUCCCCCAGGUGCCGCUCUUCAACAUCCUGGCCAAGUUCAACGGCAUCACUGAGAAGGAAUACAAGACUUACAAGGAGAAUUUCCUGAAGCGCUUCCAGCUCACCAAGCUGCCUCCAUAUCUAAUCUUUUGCAUCAAGAGAUUUACUAAGAACAACUUCUUUGUGGAGAAGAAUCCAACAAUUGUCAACUUUCCCAUCACAAAUGUGGAUCUAAGAGAAUACUUGUCUGAAGAAGUCCAAGCAGUGCACAAGAACACCACUUAUGAUCUCAUUGCCAACAUCGUGCAUGAUGGCAAGCCCUCCGAGGGCUCCUAUAGGAUCCAUGUGCUUCAUCAUGGAACUGGCAAGUGGUAUGAAUUACAAGACCUCCAGGUGACUGACAUCCUGCCCCAGAUGAUCACAUUGUCCGAGGCCUACAUUCAGAUUUGGAAGAGGCGGGAUAAUGAUGAAACCAACCAGCAAGGGGCUUGAACACCUUGUCUGGGGUUUUACUCCCAAGGGCUGAAGAUGUUAAAUGAAAAUACUGAAGCUGUAACUUCACAUGGGCUGACUGAAGAUUCCUGCCCCAGCUCAGUUUCUAUGGGUCUGGCUGCCCUUGGUGUCCUGUGCUGUCCAGCGGUUCUCUGAUCAGCACAUUGCAGGUGAUACUCCUUCCCUUUCAGCGCCAGCAGGCAGAACUCCUACAGGUGGAUGCCUUACUUGAAUUGCUGCAAGUAUCAGAGAACAGAUAAUUCCUUGGAAACAUCAAGUCUUGAGAUUCUACGAGUGAACAUGAAGCUAACAGCAUCUUUCUGUCUGUCAUAGGUAGAUGGUUUUCCUAUAGUUCCUUCUCUCCUAUGGGACUUUUGGAAUGGAUUAAAUAUCCUCCUGUUUUUAAACCAGCCUUUUGUUUAUGUACCUCAUUUAGGCUUGUGAAGAGGUUUAUUUUCCUUUGUAACUUACACUUUCUGCCCUUUCUGCCACGCAGUCUGUCGUCUCGUGGGCAUCAUUCUUUUCUCUUCCUGUCAGCUUGUGGGUGGUAUGUCAUUUGGAGUACAUUUGUCUCUAAGUAACAAAAUAUUCACUAAAAAUGAUAAACUCUUGUGUCUAACUAGAAGGCUAAAGGUGGGCAGUUUCAGACUGCAGUGCCGCUUUGGAAGGCAGAGAUGAAAGAACUAGAAAGCGCUGCUUACAGCAGUGCAGUUCUGAGCAGGUCUUAUCCAGGCCAAUGGGGAGCCAGAGCAGAGAUUGACUGGCCAAGGAAUUGGGUAGAAGCAUCUUCUACCAAGCUCAGUCAUUGACUCAAUAACCUGGAGGAUUUGAGCUCUGGCAGGAGCACUGAAGCAAGUCUAAGAUGUGGGAAAGGCACUGCAGCAGGAGCAGUCAGUGGAUUAUGGCAGCUUCUCUUUGAAUUUGUUUCCUUUUUCCCUCCCUCCUUUUCUCCCUCCUUUCUUCCCUCCAUCCCUCCCUCCCUUCUGACAGUCUUGCUCUGUAACCCAGUUGGCCUCUAACUUACCAUCUUCCUGUCUCCACCUUUGGAGUGCUGGGAUUACAGGCUGCCACGCCCCUUCAGCAGGUUCUAAACUGGGGUGCUUCUGCAGCUGUGGCCCAUGUUUUGUUUGGUGUAUUGCUUCUGCCUCCUGAGUGCUGGGAUUAAAGCACACACCAUCAACCCCAGCUAUUUUCAGAUUGCAUUUAUGUAUGCGUUUGUAUACGUGUGAGUAUGCACAUGCCACAGCAUGUGUAUGAAGUUCAGAGGACAGCUUGCAGGAAUUUGUUCUCCUCUCUUAGCGUGUGGGUCCCUGCGUUUGAAAUCAAGUCCUCAGACUUGGCAGCAUGAGCCUUUACAUACGAGCUCAGAACUGAUCUUUAAAGUGGGUCUCAGCAGAUCACUCCUCCCUCUCACUGACUGUCCACUUUGGCAGCUCUUUGUCUUCUAAGGUAAAGAUUGAAGGAUUUUCCUCACUUCCAAGGUCAUUUGUGUUUGUUUUGAAUUCUGGACUCACUGACCUAGGAUACAAAAUGUCAUGUGUUGAUAAGCAAUGACACGGGCACUUAUUUUUAUUUAUAUGGGAGACAGGGUCUCAUUAUGUAGCUUGGCUGGGGUGGAAUUUGAU